ACUAAGUCAUAUUCUUUCAGUAAACAUAAUUAUCUUUAAUUUGUUACCUGAUUACAUAAAGAAAAACCAAAAAUUCAAGUUUCUUUUUCUUUUUUGUUAAUAUAAAAGUAAUAAUCGGUGAAUUAUGAAAGUAUUUGCAACUGGGGAUUGGCAAUAGUGAUAACCAUCAACAUGUUUUCAAAAGUUAUUAUCUUGUGUGCUGCUUUCAUUGUUACCUAUGCUUCUGCGAUCGGAACAGCAGGAUUGGGCUCACACGGAAUAGCGUACGGAGCCUACGGUGUAGGUGAAAGGGGAUCUAUUGUCCCAGUUGAUUCAGCCCCUUUCGGAUAUGCUGAAAGUGGAGUCAUCGGCAAUAGAAGAAUCGUCGAUUAUGCAAGUAGCGCCCCUGUAGGAGCAGGCUCUGUCGGAUAUGCUGGACAAACAGCUAUUGGAGGAAGAGGAAUCCGUAGCUACACAAGUGGUGACCUUGGAGUAGAAGGCCUUGUCGGAUAUCCUGGACAUGGACUUACAGGAGGAAGCCGAAUCGGUGAUUAUGGAAGCGCAGCCACUAUUGGUGCUCCAGCUGGUAUCGUGAAAGAUGAAGCUGCUCCCAUUGGACAAUAUUACAUUAAUAUAUAAUUCUUAGAUAAUAAAUAAAUAAAUUAUUUCAA